GCCACCUCCAAUACCUAUGUGCUCGCACGUUAGGUGGCGGUAGCACACCUUGUGCGUCUGUGAUCCGCACGAUUUGAAGCCAGACGAAGGACGCGUUCAUCCAGCGUCUCUUUUGAGCGCUGCGGCGGUGAACAGGGCACCAAACCCGAGGACCAAGCGAGAGCCCGACGCUGCGAGCCGGCGCAGCCACACCGGCUCCGGCGCCGGUCACAACAUGCGCCUCCAAUGAGAACUGGUUGGAGACCGACUGAUUACGCGAUUGGCUGAAACUAUGCGGAGAUCGGUGCGCGACGCGUGCUCAACUUUGUCAUAAAAUAUCCAAACUGGGGACAAUGGGUCGUAAAAUACCCGAUUCUCGCAUGGAUUGUGCGCUUUUGCUGGCACUUUAUUUAAUUUAAAUUACUAUUAUUUUUAAAUAGAGAUGGUUUGUCUAGUGCGAGUGUGUCAGAUCUGUCAAAUACAUCUCUGGAUCACCUGGAACAUGCUCCGUCACAAACCUGCAAACGGGGAUUGUCUGAGCUCAUGACAAGUGUUCACAGAUACGUGGUUCUCACACGUCACGUCAGUCAAACGCAACACACACUUUAAUGCUGCAGGAAUAUGAAACCCCCAGAACAUCAUGUAUGAUAGUGAAACACUGAUGGGGAACAGUUGAAUGCACAGUGAGUACUACUUUUACUGGCAUAGUUUGAUGAUAAUACUUAUGCUUAAGUUAGGUUUCUGAAUGUGUUUACAACUCGUGGGGUCUCUUUUACUACCUGUUGUCGGAUUCAAAGGACUGGGCCCAGCUGAGUAUUUUAGCAUCUCAAUACUACCUAAAUAUCUUCCUUUUCAUGUUCUCUGUAAGAAUUACCUUAGGCCUGGACUCAUUGUUAUGAGGAAGGAAGAAUGCUUUUUAUUCCUUUUAUCUUUCUUUGUACUUUGCACACUCAAAGAUGAAGAAAACCACAUCUUGUAUAACGUAAACGUUUAGUGUAAUUAAACUAUGGAGUGCUCAAUCCAGGCUCAAAGCGAUUUUAUAGAAUUCAUUGACAAUGGCUUAUGUAGACGUUUUUUUGUGGGUCAAAGGUUGUUCUGCCUGGGUUGUGAAGUUGUAUCUAAAUCUUAUGUUUAUUUGUUGGUCAAGGCAGCCAACACUAUUGGACCAUGUCAAUGAGAAAGCAGCUCGUUAGCCAACGUGCACCGAACAAUUCAAUUAUGAAAACUCAAUAAUGGUGUUUACUGAUUUCUUCAAAGAUAGUAAAGGUUUACAUUUUUUGAAAUAUUUUAAAAAGUAUGAAGUCAUUAAAUGUGUAACUACAGUUCAUAGACGAUAACAAAACAAUCCGUUGGUCAUGGAAGUUUGCCUCCGAGGUUCUGACUCCUCUCCUCUGCUCCUGCAGUUGGAUAGUCGCGCACCAGGAGCUGCAGCAGGGAUGAGGAUCCAGCUGCAGGGUCCCGGCCACGCUGCCAGCCUUCUCGCUCAGCUCAACGUCUGCCGCCAGUCCCGCCAGUACUGCGAUGUGUUCCUGCAAGUCGGCAACCGCACGUUCGCGGCGCACCGCGCGGUGCUCGCCUGCGCCGGGACGUACUUCCGCAACCUGUUCGCCCGCGCUCCGGCCUCGUCCGCGGCCGCCGUCUCUCUGGAGUUCAUCUCCCCGGCCAACUUUGAGAAGCUGCUGACGUUCGUCUACACGGGGGAGAUCUUGACCGAUCUCAUCGACGUCGGCGUGCUGUACGAGCUGGCCGAGAGGCUGGGCGUGAGUGAGCUGGUGAGGGCCUGCCACGCCACCUUCCCGGACCUGCAGACCUCCGCGUCUGCGAACUGUAAACCGGGGAGUCCCGGAGACCUCGCCCUGAACUCCAGCACGGUGGCCGCCGUGUCCACAGGCGCCGCCGCCAGCGCGGCUUCUGCCUCGUCCGCGUGCUCCUCUGCCGCCUCCUGCUCGUCUCUGUCCUCGCCCGCCGCCCCGACCCCCGCCGCCGCUCCCUCGCCGCUCCUCCAAAGCAGGGCGGCCGGGGCCGACCAUGAAGCUCACACCGGGACUCUGUCUCUGGGCCUCAAGGAGGAAGACCCGCAGUCUCACAUCGGCUACGGGCAGUCGGCGGCAGACGGACCACGACCAGGGGGACUCAGCCUUUUAAGCAGCGGCCAUUCCAGACAGUGUGGCGGCGCGCUGACCCCGGGGCCUGUCGUCCAGCCGAAGGUCGAGCCGGGGCUGGAGGAAGAGGAAGGCGUCCGUGAGGACGGAGACGCAGAUGGACGAAUGGUUUCCCAACGCGCAGGACGUCCUCCGCCUCAAAGCAGCGACGCCGCGCCGGCCGACUCCUGCUCCUUCCCCGACUCCUCGGCUCGGCUUGGAGCCGAGGCCUGCGCGCCGACGUCCUCCUCGGGAGAGCCUCUCGGCGGCCUGCAGGCGGCGUCGGUGGGCGGCGGCAUGGUGGACGUCCAGAGGGACGGCGGGCUGGUGUUUGGAAAGGUGGAGGAGGAGAGACACGCUCUGAAAGGAAACGGGGCCGCGGAGGGAACCGAGGAGGAGCAGUGGAGACGGCUGGCGGAUGAGAUCAUCGAGCUGAGCGACGACGAGAACUUCAUGGAGGAGGGCGACGAAGAGGACGACGACGACGAGCUGGUGUACGUGGAGAACGGAGAUGGAGGGAACUCGAGCAGCCAGGUGACUGGGAACAUGCUGCCGUGUAAAGCCUGCGGCGUGCUUCUCCCAGCGGACCCGGACGCCAUCGGGCGGCACGCCGAGACCCACCUGACGGAGCUGGGGCUCUGCAGAGUGUGCGGGGCCUCGUUCCCGGACCGCGGCGCCGGCGCCGCCCACUCCCUCUCCCACGUCGGGGUGCAGCUCUUCACCUGCGACAUGUGCCACUUGCAGUUCUGCAGCCAAAACAAGCUGCUGCGCCACCAACGGCAGACGGCCUCCAGCUACACGAUACCACAGGUGGCGCUGACCAACGGCGGCCAGAACCUCGACCCCAAGCUGCAGUGCGCCGUGUGCGCCGAGAGCCUCGGCGCCGACUUCUCGACGGUCAAAGACCACCUGCUGAGCCACGUGUGCCCCCAGAGCCUGAUCUGCGGCGUGUGUCACCUCCCUCAGCUCUCGCUGUGCUCCCUGCUGUGGCACGCCCUCGCCCACCUGUCUCUGCCCGUCUUCACCUGCCCGCACUGCGCCCGCUGCUUCGUCGAGCGCUCCAUGCUGGACCGGCACAUGACGACGCACGCCGAGGAGGCUGCGGCGAAGGAGCGGGAGCAGUUGGCGCUGAGGGCUUACAGAGUCGGGGGAGUGGAGGAGGUGCAUUGCUUCCUGUGCCCGCAGACGUUCCGCUCCGCCUCUGCCUUUCAGUACCACCUCAGCCUGCAUACCAGCGAGUCCCCGGGGAGUCUCGGAGGCGUCAGGGCCCAAGGCUGGCUGGGCAAACAUAAAGCCGAGCAGACUCUGGAGUGCCUGCCGUCUUCCUCCUCUCAGCGGGAGGCCGGCAGCCUCGUUAAAAUGAGCAACAUGGGUUUGGGGCUGGGAAUGAGCUUCAGCGUGCCAGAUAAGUUUUUCCAGGGGGCAUUACAGAGCCCGCCCACUGGGGUCCUGACCAACGGGAACUCUGGGCAGGAUGGGGGAGUCGGGGCAGCAGGCGUCCGUGGGAAGUGGUACCGGUGUCGCUACUGCGGUAAAUGCUUCGCCCACUCGGGGGAGUUCACCUACCACCUCCGCAUCCACACCGGGGAGAAACCCUACCAGUGCAAAGUCUGCCAGCGCUUCUUCAGAGGGCGCUCCACCAUGAUCUGCCACCUGAAGACGCACGCCGGAGCGCUCAUGUACCGCUGCACGGUCUGCGGCCUUUUCUUCUCCACGCUGAAAAUGGUGUCGUCGCACAUGGAGCUCCACACGGACCACCUGCCCCCGGACUUCAACAUCGAGCAGACCUUCAUGUACAAUGAUCACUCGAAGGAGCCGCUGCCCAACGUGGACGCCUGAUGUGUUUCCCCUCCUCCCCCCCCCCCCCCCCGUCUCUUGAACCUCCUCUGUCCGGUUGUCGUGGACCACUUACUGCAUAUAAUAGAAUAGGGCUCAACAUAAUGGUUAUUUUCAUCAUUGAUUAUGUUUUGGGAAUUAAUUGUUUCGUGUGUGAAAUGUCAAAUCAUUGAUUUUUUAAUUUUUUAUGGUUGUUGCUCUAAGGUUACAUCUUGAAAUUAAUUGUUUUUUUGUCAACAGUCCAAAACCCAAAGACAUUCACUUUAUAAGGAUAUGAAAAGUUCCAAAUCCUCACAUUAGAGAAGCUGGGAAAAGAGAAUCUUGACAUUUGUGUUUGAUCACCAACAGAUUACUUUUCUGUCGGUCGCACUAUAAUAAGUGUCGAGUUGUAGAAUGUAGUGGACAUAUUUUAUCCGUCAGACGCUGUUCACUGAGUCGGCCUCUGAACUAAGAUGAAAAGAAUCCGCUUGGUGGCAGCGUAUCCUGUCCUGUGUCCGUGAAGGAAGGGAAGCGGCUGGUUUGUUGUCGAGCGGCACUCUGCUUACGACGAGUCUGUGUCUUCACAUCUUCAAGAUGAGGAUUGGUUUUCAUGUCAGUGGUUGAUGAUUAUUAAAGUAGCACCUCAUUGUAGCAUAGAAAUUAUUUUCCUAUAUUUACAGUCACUAUUUUCACACUUUUUUAAGUCUUAAAAAGUUUUUAACUCCAGAGAUACAUGACCAGUGGCAUAAAAGAUUGCAUCUGCAUAAACAUAAAAUCCGGUUUAUUUGUUGUGAACGCUUUUGGAUUCUGCCACAUCGUCAGAUGCUGUAUUAAUUGUUUGAGCGCGUGUGAUCAGUAGACAUUAUUUAAGUGCCCGUCACACGUUUGUGUCUUACCUCAUAUUUAUGAUGGCAGUAUAACUAUUUAUUAUUUGUAUGCCUCUACAUAUUAUGUUUCUAAAGCUGUGUGAAUGUUGGCUUUUUAAAAAUAUCGGUCAUUAAAAUAAAUGCCUCUCGGAAGACUGUUCACAACCCCAAACUAUGUUGAGUCAGUUUUUGUUGACAACCUUUAAAUGAAAUGAAUGAAUGAAACUUUUAUUGCCCCAAGGGGAUUCUCCUUUAGCAUAAAAUAAUAUCAGAAGAACAACAACAGUCAUACAUGACAGUAAUACUGGGCGAUAUGGAGAAAAUCUAAUAUCACAAUGUUAUUGACCAAAUACCUCAAUAUCAAUAUUAUGGGUAACAUUUAAACAAUGAGAUUGAUAAAUAAUCAUCAGUGAUGUGGAUAUAAUGACUAAGUGGGGGAAAGCCAAUAGUCUGAUAGCUUAAGUAGAUGACAUCACUUUACUGUAAUGCAGCAUUUAUGACCAGUUUGUAAGGGUGUCAAAUUCAGACCAUGAGUACAGAGCAUUUCAAGCUUUUUAAGCUUUAAAUUCUGUGUGCGACAGAAUAUGUUGUGCCUCUUAUAGUCCCCGUCCUGGACAUGCUACACCUUCAUAUUGAGACCGUAAAGGCUGCAGAGGAUCUGCUGUGAUAAUGUGAACUAAGUUCAUGUUGACAUGCAAGUUAUACGGCACAUUAGUUCCCCGGCUAUCCCACCUCCCAGUUCACCACCGCUGUUCAGUUUGAUAGACGAUACUCUCCCAACACUGAACACAAAUGGUCAACAUACUUCUAAUCUUAUAAAGAAAGGUCAGCAUAGCAAAAGCUUCCAAUCAAUAACAGGUUCUUAUGCUCAGUUACACGUUCAAAGGUUAUGUCGUUCAUAAUUACAGGGGACAGAAAGGAGUAAUAAUGUCUUUCUGUUGAAAGUCAGACCGACACCAGUUGUAGAAGUGGUUAAUGUCAGCUCUUCACUGGUCUGAAGUGUCCUGAACCACAAAGUCCAUCCAUCAUCAGAAUUUCAAUGAUGAACUUGCAUAAAUCUGCGUAGCAUUGUGAACCUCCUGCUUCCAAGGAAUUGUGACCUUUGCCCUCUUCAAAGCCCGGUCUCUUCCUGCGAUUGUGCCGUCCGUGGACCGACACCCCCUUUUCCCUUUUCUGCCUUCUUAUCUUCUCAACAGCUGAUCGUGAUGCAUUCCAGAUGACAGAAAUGGAAGCGACUGUAAUAAAGUCUGCGAGGAGGGAGAUCGCUAAACGCAGCAACAGCAGAAGUGUCCCAGUCGAAUAAACACACUCCGAAUGUUGUUUUAUUGCUCCUCUCUGCAUGAAAGAGAACACACUCUUCUGCAGCUUAAAUGGAUACAAAUUGUGUUUGAAGGAGUUUUAUUGCAUUUAAACUGUUUUACAUCACAUGUAGAAAACAGCAGCAUCCAGUGAUGUGCAUUAUGAUGUAUCUGUUGGAUUUGUACUGAAGGGAAACAUUUACAGAUGUUUAUUUGGUUAUGAUUGUUUUUAUCUGGCACUGGAUCGACAGCAGACGUGCGGUGCUGGUUCUUGUGGCGCUGUUCUCUUCAUGUGCCAGCAGAUCAUCACGUUUGGCCUUUUCUGUGGACAUUGAGCAGUUUUAGGGGGGAAAAAACAAACGAAACACACGGAACAUUUUGUGCCUUUCUCUGCUUGAAUCUUCGAUCCGAUAUUGGGUAAAAUGGAAGGUGUCUGUGAGUCCAACAGGAGCACAACAAAUUGCAUAAAGAGUCUAUUACCAGAAUGAGAUGAUACCUGGUAGCAGGGGCGGUUUUUCCUACAGGCGGUAUAGGCGGCCGCCUAGAGCGCCAUUCUAUAUCUCCAACCAAUAUUUUGACAUUUCAAAAAUAAAUCUAACAUUUGGGUAAAAUGAGCCAAAAAUCGAAAACGGAAGGGGUACGUACCUCCUUGGUGUUAUCAGAAGGCCAGAAGGACUGCACUGUAGCUCUUGAAGUGUGGAGUGAAAUGUAUAUAGUUCUUUAGACAACGUUCAUUUGCACUUUUUAUAUUAUACAAUUCAUUUGUUUAUUUUUAAUAUUAUAUUUUGAUUAUUUAACACUUAAAUUUACAUAUAUUAUUGUAUUGUUUGUUAUUAUUAUUGUUUGUUAACUAAGUUGUUUAUUUGUUUUGAUUCUAUAGUGUACACUUUGCACUCUUGUUCUUGCAAUGAAUAAAGCACAACUGUUAAGAAUAGCGUCAAUGAUUUUCUGUUUUAAAAAAAAGAAUGUUCCAUUUCACAUUUUGGUGAAUUCCGUUUUAUUCCGUUUUGUCUCAUUUUGUUCAGGUAGAUUGAUUGCUUAACAUUAGUGAAUAAUAUGUGCCACAAGUGACCCAGACCUUCUAAGAUUGUUGUUUGCCAGCCAUCAACAGAACAGAAAACAAAAAAAACAUUAUUUGCAGGCGACGAGGGAGUGAAUGUGCGCCGUUGAUCAGGGGGGCGUGGCCGGAGCGGAGUUCAGCACACACGUGACAUUUUCUCAGGGAUUUUGUUCUUUAUUUAAUGUUUGUUCAUUGUUGCGAUCGUUGUUCUGUUUAUUUGAAAGAAAUUCAGUCUUGCAGGGCAAAAUAGCGUUUGAAUGUUGCAAUUCCGUUUUCGUGCAAAAUCGUACAAUCUAUGCAUCUGAAGCACCACGACUGGAUUGACUUCUGACGCGUCACUUUUUCUCAUCUCAGCUUCUUCUUUUUUUACGAUCCAAUAUCAGACUGGCUGGUGCUGGCGUUACUCAACUUGCGUUGCUUCCCCGGGUCUAACCCGCCUCCAUUGGGAACGU